AUGAAAUAGGCUUCUAGAUUUGAUAUAAUCAAGAAUGAAUUAAUUUCAAAAAAAAAAUGGAAGGAAGAUCAAGAAAUUAGUUAAUGUGGAAUGUGUGAUAAUAAAUUUAAUGCCUUAUUUAGACGUAAACACCAUUGCAGAAGAUGUGGAUAUAUUUUUUGUUAAGAGUAAAUAGAUUUAACCAUCUAGUUGUUCAAACCACUUUUUUGAUGGGCCUCCUAACGAAGGUGAGAAAAAAAUUCGAUUUUGCAGGCGUUGUUACGAUAAAAUUAGCUAAUUGAUUGCUGAAAAAGGAUUUUUUGUAGAUAAUGAAGAGUCUACUUUGAAGGCGACAAUAUAAAAAGAAGGAAAUUCCCAUUCGAGAAAUACUUCAAAAUAAUUUGAAAGUGUAACCACAUUUACUUCAUCAAAAAGCAUAAUCGCGAAAGAAAAUGAAGUUUAAUAAAUUUAGGAAGAGGAUGACACACUCUUAGAAAUAAAUUAAGAGAAGGAAGAUAUAUCCGAAUUUUUUGAAGAAUCUGAUAUUGCUAAAGAUUAAUUACCAAUAUUAUAAGAAAAAAGUGGUUAUUAAUUAGAAAAAAUGUGCGAAUAUAUUUUACAGAAUGUUCUUUAACCAAAUAAAACUUAUGAAAAAGUUAUUGAAUUUUGGAAGUAGAAAAUGAAAGCCUUGAUAACUCAGUGUGUUUAGGAAAUUUAAUUUCACUCUGUAAACACUAAACUUAUGGAUAUUAAUCAUUUUAUGAAGAUAAAAAUUAUUAAUCAUCAUGAUGAACAAUUAACCAGUUUUUUUCCUGGGGUAAUUUUUCGUAAAAACGUUGCAUUAAAAUAAAUGUAAUAUGAAAUUAAUAAACCAGCUAUCAUUAUUAUUAUUGGAGAUUUUGAUAUGGAAGGUUCAUAAAAUUAAUUAGAAGAUUAUAUCUAAAAUGAAAAAAAAAUUUUAGUUGAUUCUAUUAACUAAAUUUAUAAGAAUUAUGAACCAAACUUGAUUUUAGUUGAAAAGGGAGCUAAUAAAAUUGCUUUGGAUGAAUGUUUGAAGAAGAAAAUAACUGUUUUGACUAAUGUUAAAAGGAAAGUUCUUUAAAGAGUUAAAUUGUGUACAAAUGCUAAAUACAUCAGUUUAUCUAUAUUAAAACAAUGCAUUGAAAGAAAGGAAUAAAUAGUAGGUCGAUGUGAAAAAGUCUUUUUUAAAUAAUUUCCUAAAGUUCUUUAAGAAAAAGCUGAAAUUCAAAAGGAUUCUACUUUAUGUUUUUUGAAAACUUCAACUUGCUAAAAAUUUGCUACAAUAACAAUAAGUGGGCCUUCAGAAGAUUUAUUAUCAAAAGUAAAAUAAUGUUUUAUCGGAUGUGCUAGACUAGGCAAACAUCAAGAUCUUGAAUCUCACUUCAUAACUACUGAAUGUUCAAUGUUUAAGAACAAUCAAUUAAAAACUAUUUCUAAUUAAGGUAAUUUUACAACAUUUUUAUUUGAAAAGCUUCCUUUAAAAGAAUUAUUCAAUAUAGAAUUAAAAUACAUUAAAAUCAAUUAUGUUAUUGCUGAUGUUAACAAUUUUAAUGAUAUAAAAGAUUUUUCUAGUUUAGAGGAAUAUAAAUCAAAACAUCCUUCUUAAAGAGAUAAAUUAGAAGAGUUUUCAAUGGCUCGUAUGUGCAACAAGCCAUAAGAGAAAAAAUCUGUAUAUUAUCAUGGGGAGGAUGUUUGUUUAGGCUAAUUUAUAAUCUUGAAAAUAGCUAAUAAGGAUACAAAAUGUGAAAUUUGUCAUCUACCUAAAAUAGCUCAUGUUUCAUUUUAUUAUUGUGGAGAUAAAUAUAUUAAAAUAAGUGUUGAUUAGAAAAAUAGAAGUGGGAGAAUUAUAUCGACUAAUGAGCCUCCUUAAUUAUAAAAUUAGGUCUCAUAAUAGUUUUCCCAAUUGUCAAAUGAGGAUGAACCAAGAGAUAAUGUUUAUACUGCAAAGGAUAUCACUAAAAUUGUUUAGCAAUCACAUUCAAAUUAGAAAGGAGAAAAAAAAAAGAUAAGAAUAGAAACUUAUAUUUAAUGUAGCAAAUGCGAUCUAAGUUCGAAUAUUGUUAAAUUGUCUAGUUUAAAUUUAGAUUUUUCCUUUUUUAGAUUUAUGUAAACUAUAUUGAUGACUCAACAAAACACAAAUGAUAAACAAACAGGCCAAAUAAAUAAUUGUAAUCAUUAAUUGUAGAGAAUAUUUACUUAUGAUGAAUCAAUGGUGAAGAUUUAAGUUGGAGAAGUUGAAGUAUUUACUACAAUAAUAUAAAAUACUUUAAGUUAAGAAUUACUUGAUAGUUUAAAAAAGUGGGAAGAUGAUUAUAUAUAAACCUAAAAAAAAGAACUUUAUUAAAGAUAUCUGAAUAUCAUUUUUUAAUUGACAUAAUUCAAGAAAAAUCUAUCUAAAAAUGUUGAAGUAGAUGGAAUUGAAUAAUAUUAAGAUGAAAAGUUUUGGUAAUAGAAAUUCUUCGGAAUAAAUUAAAUAUCUGAUUUACAAUAAUUUACUUAUACGUUGAGUAUUUAAUUGUAAGAAAUAGGGGAAUAAGUAAAAAUGGAAAUGAAAAAGUUUUUUAAUAAAAAUUCAAUGAUUAAAAGCUAAAAAGAGCUAGAUCAUCAAUCUCCCAUAAAUAAAGGACACCUUUCCGGAUAAGAUUGCGAUAUCUUUCAUUCUGAAAGUGUAGUUGCAGAAGAUAUAGAGCAUUAAAGUGAUUAAUUCUGUGAAAUAAAGUCCUCAACUGAUUGUAAAUCUAAGAAAAAUUCUAACAACAAAAUUCUUAAUUUUCAACAAUCUGUAAGAGAAUUAGAUGGCAAUCAUUCAUUUAUUGCAGAUAAACAAUAGAAUCCUUUAAAUAAUUUAUUAAAAGAGUGGCCUUUAUGUGUAUUUUAAGAUGAACAGAAUAAGGUAGCAUUAUGUGAUAGAAAAAUUAUUCCUUUUGUAGCCAUUUUUGAAAGUCAACCGUUAUCAUCCUUAGCAUUUGCUUUAAAUCAUCCAAAAUAUCUCAAAGCAAUUAACUAUUAUGAAAGUAUGAGUAUUAAUUAAACUAGAUUUUUAAAAGGUUGAUUUGGAAUAAUAAAAAGUAAUUCUGAGUAAACUUAUGUUAAUAAAAUCUGGCUAAUAAUCAGGAAAAUGGGAAUAAGAGGAUUAAAGUCUCCUAAGAGAAUCUUUAUCAACAACAACAGAUACUAAUUUGAAUAAUAAUUAACAGUAAUCUACACCUUAAAAAAAAGAAAAGAACUACAUUACAAUCACAUUAUAGUAUGAUAAAGUAAAGGGUUUGAAACCAUCAAUGAGUAGAGAUUAAUUUUUUGAUGAGGAAAAAACAAUAUCUUCUUAAUAAUCAAUAGCUAGUGGUUUGGGAAAUUAAUAAUUUUCAGUAAAAAAGUCAAAAACUUAAGAAAUAUUAAUAUAUUUUCCUAUUUAAUUUGAAGCUCUAAGAGCAUCCUUUGGGAUUACAUUAAAUUUGUUUAUUAAAUCUCUUAGUGUAACUGGAUCAUGGAAUGCAAGCGGCGGUAAGUCAUCAUCUAAAUUUUUCAAAUCUGAUAAUGAAUUAUUUGUUGUGAAGAAAUUUGAUGAUGAAAAGGAGUUUAGGAUGUUUGAAUAAUUUGCUUUAGAUUAUUUUAGACAAAUGCAUAGACAUUUUUAUGAAUCUUAAAAACCAUCAUUGCUCUGUAAAAUAUUUGGAAUGUAUGAGAUAAGAGACAAAGGUAAUCCUGAGUUUUAUUUAAUUAUGGAAAACUUAUAUUAUGGUAUAGGCAAUUAAAAAGAUUUACUGGUUUAUGAUUUAAAAGGAAGCGAAACAAAUAGAUGGGAGAAGAAAGUAAAUAAGGUGUUGUUAGAUACUAAUUUUAUUAUAGAUAGAAAUGCUGAACCGAUUAUUCUGUAAAAUGAUUGUUAUAUUUAUAAUGAUAAAGCAUUUUAGGUAUUUUUAUUUAUUAAAGUGAUAGAGUGAUUGUAAAUUUUUGUUAAGGAAAUAAAUUGUUGAUUAUUCACUUUUAUUAAUCAUUAACAACAAUCAAAAAAAAAUAAAAAUGGGCAUUAUUGAUUAUUUAAGAUUUUACACUUGGGACAAAGAAACUGAGAGACUUUUGAAAUUUGUGCUCAAAGGUGGAAAAGUAUUAAAAUGAUAAUUUUUAUAAGGUCCCUACUAUUAUCAAUCCUAAUGAUUAUAAAUAGAGGUUCUUAACUGCAAUAGGAAGAUAUUUUAUACAUGUUUGAAUAAUUAUUUUGUAUAUAUAUAUAUAGAUGUAGA